UAAGGCCGGGGCGCGGCCGAGGAGGGGCCGAGCUUCCCCCAUCUCUCUCCCCCCAGCUCGGCAAUGCUUCCGGGGGAAGGGAAGGAAACAAGGGCGGGCUGGAUCUGGGAGGAGGGGAGCGCGGUGCCCGGCGGGAUCAAGUCAUUCUGCUGACUGCUACCAGACUGACUGUUACGUGUGCACACUGUGUUUUAAACCUAAGAGUAAGCUGAAGGUAAUUCUGAAGCUACAUAGACUUGGAGAAGUCUCUGAACCAUGGAGAGCCUCUGUGCAGCAAAUACCACUUUUGCGCUUGACCUCUUAAGAAAGUUGUGUGAGGAAAAAAGUGGGCAGAAUGUAUUCUUUUCACCUUUUAGUAUUUCUUCUGCUUUGUCUAUGAUUUUGCUGGGUUCAAAAGGUAACACUGAGGCCCAAAUAGCAAAGGUGCUUUCUUUGAACAAAAGUGAGGAUGCUCACAAUGGGUAUCAAUCACUUCUCUCUGAAAUUAACGAUCCAAACACCAAAUAUAUACUGAGAACUGCUAACCGACUUUAUGGAGAAAAGACGUUUGAGUUUCUCUCAUCAUUUAUAGAGUCAAGCCAGAAACUGUACCAUGCUGGACUAGAACAGACUGACUUCGUGAAUGCUUCAGAGGAUUGCAGAAAACAAAUAAAUGGCUGGGUAGAGGAAAGGACUGAAGGUAGAAUUCAGAACCUGUUGGCAGAGGGGAUUCUCAAUUCACUGACCAGACUUGUGUUGGUGAAUGCCAUCUAUUUCAAAGGCAACUGGGAAGAGCAGUUCAACAAAGAGAGUACAACAGAAAGGCCAUUUCAUAUUAACAAGAAUGAGACCAAGCCUGUGCAGAUGAUGUUCAAGAAGGCUAGAUUUAACAUGACCUAUAUUGGGGACUUACAGACCAAAAUCCUUGAGCUCCCUUACGUUGGUAAUGAACUCAGCAUGAUCAUCCUGCUCCCCAAUGCAAUCGAGGAUGAAUCCACUGGCUUGGAAAGCCUGCAAAGAGAGCUUACGUACGAGAAGCUGAUAGAUUGGAUCAAUCCUGAAAUGAUGGACAGUACAGAGGUAAGGGUGUCUUUACCCAGAUUUAAACUGGAAGAAGAUUAUGAUCUGAAGCCCCUCCUGAGCAGCAUGGGAAUGCCCGAUGCGUUUGACUUGAAGAAGGCAGACUUCUCGGGAAUGUCAGCUGGCAACGAGCUGGUGCUCUCUGAAGUGGUUCACAAGUCCUUCGUGGAAGUCAACGAAGAAGGCACUGAGGCAGCUGCUGCCACGGCAGGAGUGAUGAUGUUGCGCUGCGCAAUGAUCGUUCCAGAGUUCACCGCUGAUCACCCAUUCCUCUUCUUCAUCCGGCACAACAAAACAUCGAGCAUCUUGUUCUGUGGCAGAUUUUGCUCUCCCUAAAAAGGAGGUGUCUUGGCAGAAGAGCCACCAUUACACAAUAAUGUCCUGUUUCUUUAGGAAAAAGGCUACUCUUUUUGCACUAAUUGUCUCUUUCAAGUGUGCCUGAACUUCUGUGGUCUUCACCUCGGGCUCGACUAGAAUAGCAGAGCCCCUUAAACGUACACAGCAACUGCCCCUUAGAGCAGCUCUCCUGCCCUGUGCGCCUGUGUGCAGAGGUCUCUCUGCUUCUUGCUGACACAAGGAGCUUCCCACUGGCUCGGUGACCGCUUCGGCUGUCCUUGCAGUCCCCGUUGCACUCCACUUCUUGUGGCCACCCCACAGCUGGUCAGGCAGUGACAUCUCAUGGGAAAGGAAGAAGUUGAUUUUGUUUCUGACAAGCACAUCUCUAGCUCCCUUCCUUCUUUUUUUUUUUUUUUUUAAUUCCAGAGUUGUCAUCCAUUUAAUGUCACUACAUAUUCCCUAGAGAUAAAAGGAGGCUUUGGUGGUCUGUUCCCAAUGUUGCUAGCCAGCCUGACUAAACAGGGGGGGCGUUUCUUACAUAAUAACUGGACAAGCACUUAGGCAAGAAUGAGAAUAAAAGCACAUCUUUGUACCACGUGUCCUUACAGGGUAGUCAGGGGGUGAGGGUGCUUGUUUCAUCACCGCAGGAUGCCUGGCUUUAUUACAUACCACCUUAUUUAUCAGUCCUUUAACCAAGAAUGUAAUCAAAGAGCAUAUGGUGCCUAUGGAAUAGUUAAAUGACAAAGCUUUAUUUUUUUUGCUAUUAUAUAUUUUUCCUAUUUGCAGUGCCUGAAACAUGUUAGUUUAACUAUAAUACCAAAGACCUAGCUGAUACAACUUUCCUAAGACAGUGAUUUGUUCUGUUUCUGACACAAUAAAAGAACUGAAAGUGC